AUGAAAAAGAACAAACAAGUUUCAGCCAAAUCAUAAUAUUUAAAAAAGAAAAAGGAAAUGCCAAGUGGAGUGGAUGAUUUAGCAACGCAUGAAGAGAAUGACAUUCAUUCUUUUAAUUAGCUAAAAUAAUAACAGAAUCCAAAAUUUUAACAAAUUGCUAUAAAAGAAGGAGACACAAGUUCAAGUGAAGAUGAUGGGGAACUCAAGAACAGAGAUGAUCCUGAUGAGUAAUCCCGUUUUGUAUUAGGCCUAAUCUAAAAGAAUGUACGAAGAGUUAAUGAAAAAAAUUCAUUUGAGAUACCUAUGAUCAAUAUUAAAGAUCUAAAUGCAUUCAAAUAGAUUGAAUAAGGAGAUGCUUGGAAACAAAUCUCCGCUUCAUUAGAUGCGGGAUCGAAAAUAUAUGGGUUUAGGGUUGAUUUAGUACAUUAGAACACAUUUAAAGUACUUGGGGGUUUGCAUAGAACCUAAAUUAAUGAAAAACAAAAUUAGGAAGAAUAGCAGGAAUAUGAACAAGAAUAAUUGAGAAAAAAGAAAUUAUAAAAUACAGGAGGAGAGAACACACUAGAGAAAAACCAAGCAAACAUAGACACAAAUAAAUAUGAUUUAGAAUUUGAAAUUGAUCCUCUAUUUUAGUAAACAUCUGCAAAAUUUGAUGAAGCAGGAGCAAAGGGAUUAUUGAUGAACAAUUUGACAAUAAAUGAGAAUUUAAUGCUUGCAUUGGAUUCGGAUGUCUUGCCCAUCAAACCUAUCACAUGCUCAUUGAAUAUAGAAAAAUAUAAGUCCUUUUUAAAGAAUUUACAAAAUUUAAAAUUGUGUCCAGAAUUAACUGAAUUCAGAGAGAAUAUGUUUCAAAAAGGAUAGAAUAUAAUAGAAAUUAAAUAAAACAUCUCAUUUGCAAAUGUGAUGGACCCAAUAGCUCUGAACAUGGAUUUUAAUUAAGAAGAUUAAGUAUAUGAGAAUAUGAAUAUGGCAGAAGAGGUAAUGGAUGAACAAGCAUCUAUUCUUUCAGUAAAUUAAUAAUACUAAAAUGGUAUGGUUAAUUAAUAUAGCGGACAUAAAUUCUCAUAAAAUAAAUUCAAUAUCUUAAAUUUUGAAUAAGCUGCAGCUAAUAUUGGAACAGGAAAAGUCUUUGAAAAUGAGAAGGAAUAAGUUGCAUGGAUGGCUUUGGAUAUGAAUCAGUAGCCUAAAAAAAAAAAUAUUGCUUAACUAAAUGAAAAGCCCAAGAAGAACAAAACUAAAAAGAAAAAUGGUCUACCUUUUUCAUUUGAUCCUGAAGAGGAUGAUCAAGAUUUAGAUCGAUAAAAUAUCCUUUAAAAAAGGGAUAAAGAAAAUUAUUGCAAUAACAAAGAAACCAUGAAUUAAUUAUAUCUAUUACCUAAAUCUUAUCAAAUAGAUAGAUAAGAUUUAUGUUAACCAUUUUAAGUUCCAAAAUUACCAAAGUGGGAGGAAGAAAAUUAGGAAUAGCCAUUUUUAUAACAUGAUAAUUUUGAUACCGGAGGAAUCGAUGAGGAUCCUUAACCACUUAUAACAUAAUAAAAUACAGCCUUUAACUCAGCAUACAAAAAUACUAAUAAUGCUCAGGGGAAGUUGAAUAUUCCGAUUAAGGAAUUAAAAACAUAAGUUUGGCAGAAUUUAUAGUAAUAAAUACCUUUAUCAACAGAUAAUGCUGGUUUAGAAUUUAAUGAGAUUAACAAAAUUUUACCCAAAAUUUUAAAAAUUCCUUAAUCUAAAGGUAGAGUUUCUAUACAAACUUGUUUUGUCACAAUGUUACACUUAGCUAAUGAAUAAGGAUUGAAAUUUAUUCAGAGUGAUACUGAAAACGAUUUUGUAAUUCAAAGAGAAAUAUUGCCUCAAUAAUCAUGA